AUCUUAGCGCUCUGAAAAUCCAAGCAACGUAGACUCCGAUGACCACCGCCACCGCCACCGCCUUGCUCCUCCCAUCGCCACAAUUCCGGCGCUGUUCAAGUACAACUCGUCUAUGCACCAAAACCACCUUAUUCCCCCUCUAUCCUCCCUCUCUCCUCACCACCCGCCACUUGAGGCGCUCUUGCAUAAUUUCAUCUUUGAAGGAUAAAAUCGGUGGUAUUCAGAAAACAUGGAACGAAUUAAGUAGCUUGAAUCACUGGGUUGUUAGAGAUUAUUACAGACUUGUGAAUUCCGUGAAUGCGCUCGAACCUCACAUUCAGAAACUUUCAGAUGAGCAGCUGAGGGCGAAGACAGAGGAAUUUCGCCAGCGGUUGAAGCAGGGUGCGACUCUAGCUGAUAUUCAAGCUGAGGCUUUUGCUGUAGUUCGUGAAGCAGCAAAAAGGAAGCUUGGAAUGCGGCAUUUUGAUGUUCAGAUAAUUGGUGGAGCUGUGCUUCAUGAUGGCUCGAUUGCAGAAAUGAAAACUGGGGAAGGGAAGACCUUAGUGUCCACUUUAGCAGCUUAUCUUAAUGCUCUGAGUGGGGAGGGCGUCCAUGUGGUUACUGUAAAUGAUUACCUCGCCCAGCGUGAUGCUGAAUGGAUGGGCCGCGUGCAUCGAUUCCUAGGCCUCUCAGUUGGACUUAUUCAAAGAGACAUGAAAAAUCAGGAGCGAAGAUCUAAUUAUAGAUGCGACAUUACAUACACCAAUAAUACGGAACUUGGUUUUGACUACUUGCGAGAUAAUCUUGCUGGAAGCAGUGAACAACUUGUAAUGAGAUGGCCAAAGCCCUUUCAUUUUGGUGUAGUUGAUGAAGUUGAUUCUGUCCUUAUUGAUGAAGGACGCAAUCCUUUGUUGAUAAGCGGACAGGCUAGUCAAGAUGCUGUACGAUUUCCAGUUGCUGCUAGAAUAGCUGAUUUGCUAAUACGUGGUCUGCAUUACAAUGUUGAACUUAAGGAUAACUCAGUGGAACUUACUGAGGAAGGAAUAUUACUGGCUGAGACAGCUCUGGAUACAAAUGACUUAUGGGAUGAGAAUGAUCCAUGGGCCAGGUUUGUUUUGAAUGCAUUAAGAGCCAAAGAAUUCUACCGGAGAGAUGUUCAAUACAUAAUUCGGAACGGAAAGGCUCUUAUAAUCAAUGAGUUGACUGGUAGAGUGGAAGAGAAAAGGCGGUGGUCUGACGGCAUCCAUCAGGCAGUGGAGGCCAAAGAAGGACUGAAAAUUCAGGCCGAUUCUGUUGUUGUGGCCCAAAUCACUUACCAAUCAUUGUUCAAGUUAUACCCCAAGCUCUCAGGGAUGACUGGGACUGCAAAAACUGAGGAGAGGGAAUUCUUGAAAAUUUUCCAAAUGCCAGUUAUUGAGGUUCCUACGAAUAUGUUGAGUAUUAGAGAAGAUCUACCCAUCAUGGCCUUUGCAACUGCUCGAGGGAAAUGGAAUUAUGUUCGUGCUGAAAUUGAGUAUAUGUUUGGGCUAGGCCGGCCGGUGUUGGUUGGGACAACCAGUGUUGAAAAUUCUGAGCAUCUUUCUGCUUUACUGAGGGAGAUAAAAAUCCCCCAUAACAUCCUUAAUGCUCGACCAAAGUAUGCUGCUAGAGAAGCUGAGAUUGUCGCCCAGGCUGGUCGAAAAUAUGCAAUCACUCUAUCAACAAAUAUGGCUGGCAGGGGUACUGAUAUUAUCCUAGGAGGAAAUCCGAAGAUGCUUUCAAGAGAAAUUUUGGAGGACAAUUUACUUUCGACUCUCUCAGACAAUGUUCCUGAUGUUGAAAUUGACUCGGGGCUAACUUCUGGACAGAUCUUAUCUAAGGUGAAGGUUGGACCAUCAUCUUUGGGCUUGCUAGCUAAGGCUGUUCUUAUGUCUAAAUAUGUUUGCAAAAGUGAGGGUAAGAAGUUGAGUUACGACGAGGCAAGAAAAAUAAUUUCUGAGUCCAUCGAGAUGAGCCAGUCAGUGGGAUCAGUGGAGUUGCUGAAGCUUGUUGAUGAGGAGACAGAGAUGUACCCUCUUGGCCCAUGUAUAGCACUUGCUUAUCUAUCAGUUCUAAAGGACUGUGAAUCUCACUGUUCUUCUGAAGGGUUAGAGGUGAAAAAUCUUGGAGGUCUUCAUGUGAUAGGAACUUCUCUGCACGAGUCUAGGAGGAUUGAUAACCAGCUCCGAGGCAGAGCAGGGAGGCAGGGGGAUCCUGGAUCAACACGGUUUGUAGUGAGCUUACAGGAUGAUAUGUUUCAGAAGUUCAAUUUCGAUACUGAGUGGGCGGUAAAGCUUAUAUCUAGACUCACGGAUGAUGAUGAUGUCCCAAUAGUUGGUCACUCAAUCAUGAAACAGCUUACAAAUCUUCAAGUUAGUGCCGAGAAGUACUUCUUUAGUAUAAGGAAGAACCUAAUUGAGUUUGAUGAAGUUUUAGAGGUGCAAAGAAAGCAUGUCUAUGAUCUCCGCCAACUAAUAUUAUCAGGCGAUUCCGACAGUUGCUCUCAGCAUAUUUUCCAGUACAUGCAAGCAGUGGUAUCUGAAAUUAUUUUAAAGAACGUGGAUCCUACAAAGCAUCCAAGAAGCUGGAAGCUAGGCAAAAUUUUAAAGGAAUUUGUUGGAAUUUCUAGAGAUGUGUUAAAUGACUCAUUUGCAGGAAUUACUGAGGAAAAUUUGUUGUAUUCACUCGCAGAAGUUCAUGGGUUGAGUUCUGUGGACAUUGAUGAGUUUCACCUCCCAAACUUGCCUAGACCUCCAAAUUCCUUUAGAGGCAUUCGCAUGAAGAGCUCAUCGUUUAAACGGUGGCUAACAAUAUGCUCUGAUGAUUCAGUGAAGGAUGGGAAAUUCAGAUCAUCCAUUAACCUUCUUUGCAAGUACCUUGGGGACUUUCUGAUUGCUUCAUAUCUAGACAUUAUUCAAGACUCGGGCUAUAACAGCGGCUAUGUAAAGGAAAUCGAGAGGGCGGUUCUUGUGAAAACUCUUGAUUCCUUCUGGAAGGAUCAUCUCGUGAACAUGAAUAAACUUAAUUCAGCGGUGAACUUGAGAUAUUUCGGGCACAGGAAUCCACUUGAGGAGUACAAAAUCGAUGGCUGUCGAUUUUUCAUCUCGAUGCUUAGUGCCACGAGGAGGGUGACUGUGGAAUCUCUAUUACGGUAUUGGUCAUCGCCUAUGGAGUCUGAAGAAUUAGUUCUCCGCUGAAGGAAUCACGAACGAUAACUCACGGCCCUCUGCAUAGGCCGGGCAACUUGUUUAUAAUGUGAUCGGAUAGUGCGAGACUAAGACCAUUCUGACUUGAACGGAAAGUUUCCUGGGCCUCCAGCUGUUUACAAGGGAGGGUGACUGCGUUGAUCACAGGAAGUAUCCGGGCCUCCCGUCAUUGCAAGGGAGGGUGACUGCGUUGUGAUCAACGUGAACAACCACGUAUCCAACAAUGUUUAGCAUCCAGUAGUGUACUAGUUUCUAGUAUUAUUAUUAUUGUUGAUUUGAAAAUUAAAUUGUGAAAAGUAUGUACUAGCAUUUACUUAUGUUCUUUUGCAUUAA